UUCCUUGACCGUAUGUGCUAAAUCAACGCCUGAAGAUUUAUUUGAUUUGAGAUACUGUCUGACCUUGCACGCUAUUCAUGACAGCAGACGUGACUGUGAGUUUCCGAGACACGCAUGUCUGUGUCCAAUUACAGCUAAAUUCGAUUCAUUCCUUCCCACGAGGUGCUAUUGUGAAGUGAACGUAUUGGAACAAGAUGCCGGCUGUGACAAAUAUUUCCAUAGAACGAGAAUAUGAAAAAAAUCCCGAGUUAAGUUCGGAAGACGUCAAAAACAUAAGAGAGUGGAUGCAGACUCAACCGCAUUUACCAAAUGAACAUAUUACUGAUCUUGACAUAAUAUUGGCAUAUCAUAGAUGUGACCAAAAUAUACAAAAUACGAAAAAGUUAAUCGAUCUUAACUUUUCAUUACGAAAUCUGUUUUCAUUUUACCAAAACAGAAAAAUAAACAAAUCCUUAGAAGAUGCUUUGAAUACUUGGUUGAUUACUCCAUUAAAAACUCUGACGACAAAGGGAUAUCGAGCUGUUUAUUGCCAAAUAUUGAACACUGACCCGGGCCACUUUGUAUACAGCGAUGUAGUCAGAGCCUUUGUAAUGAUAAUGGAUCUCUGGCAACUGGAGGAGGGCACUGUGGCAGGCCUCGUCGUGAUUGUCAACAUGGACCAGGUGUUGAUGGGACAUUUGUACCAGAUAGAUCUCACUGUGGCCCAACAGUUUUUCUAUUUUUUACAGGAAGCAAUGUUCAUUCGACUAAAAGAGUUCCACAUUAUCAACGCACCAAGUUUCGUGGACCGGCUGUUAGCCAUGUUGAAACCGUUCAUGAAGAAGGAAUUGUUACAUAUGCUGCGAAUACACACCGUCAAUUCCAUGUCAUUGGAUGAACAUUUCUGUAGUGUGGAGCUCUCGAAAGAAAUACGGGAAAUCAAUUGCGUAGAAAUUAGUAAUGAAACUUGGAACAAACUAAGAGAAAAUGAAAUUUUUUUUGAAGAUGAAUCCAAAAAACGAGUUAAUGAAGCUAAGCGGCCCGAAGAAUCGUUAUCAAUGAGUAAAAUAUUCAGCGGUAUGGAGGACACUUUCAGAGCCUUGCAAAUUGAUUAAGGUGCCGUAGGUUCAGGGAACGGAGUUCUUUUAAACGCGCGCGCGCGUAGCGCUUUUUUAGAUCCCAAUACAGUUGCCUUUCUCUAGUAACUUCAUUGAUUCGAAACUUCAUGUUUUGAAUUUCGCUCGACAGAAAGAAAUCACGAACAUAGGUCUAAAACGCAUCUUAAAAUUUUGUAGCAAAUUUAGCACAAAAGCUAAAAAUAUUAUAAUCGCUUCUAAAAAUUAGCAAUUAGCUAAAUUAGCAUCUCAUCAAUUAAUUUUUUUAAUUUAUACAAAAAAUUAAAAUUUCAGAACACGGUAUUCAUUUCUCUCACGCUUCCGCUCAGUGAGGGUGAGAGAAGAACCUACCGGGCCUUAAGUCCUGAUUAUAAAUAAAUACCAAGUGAUUUAGAUGUAUGAGGGCCCAGCUAACAAACAUAAUCAUCAUAUCUGAAAAGUUUAUCUUAGUAAGUCAUUGUUAAUCUAGAACAAAAAAUACGUAUAAUUGAUUUUAACCCAAAUUUAGUUGCAAACUCACGUAAAAUAUACGUUUUACGUGAACUAUUUGUUAGUAUAAUUAAAACGUAAUUCAAUUUACAUAAACUGAGAGCUUGGUCUAACUGGUUCUUCGAAAAUUACAUACACAAUGGAAGCUCGAAUUAGACUGAAAGCGGGUGUAAGUUGAUAGUUGACAGGAAAUUCGGGGAUAGUGUUGAUAGUAAACCUUGUCUCGACAGCGCCGGCAAAUUCACCCGGCGGCGUUCAUGUUUCUGUAAUACGGGUGACGUUCACAGCGAGCUGCCGAUGGAUCUUGCCAGGUUAUCGCCAGCUGCUAAUACCAAAUUGUUACACUGUGCACUGGUCAAUAUCCUUUUUCCCCUGUUCUCGUCUGUUGCUUUGCUACUGGGUUCAGUAUUUAUUUAAUACCACGUCGGUGGCAAACAAGCAUACGACCCGCUUGACGGUAAGCGGUCAACGUAGCCUGUAAACGCCUGCAACUCCAGGGGUGUUACACGUUGCCGACCCUUUAAAAAACUGUAAACUCCUGUGUGCACGCUUGUUGUCGUCGUCAUGGUAUAAAAAAUAUGUCAUUAAACACUUCCAACACUGGUAGGUAGUGAAAUUGUUUAUAUUAAUAUAUAGGAGGAUAAUUUUCCUACGUUGUUCUGAGUGGUAACCGUUGGGAACAAUCCAUUCUGCCGAUUUAAAGGCACAUUGUUGCUGUAUAAACUCGACGAUUAGCUAUGCAUGUGUUUUUGUGUAAUUUGUAUAGUAAGUAAUAAUAACAAGAUACAAAAGAUUA